GUUUACUUUUGGAGAGGGUCUACUCUUGGGGUUCUUUCCUGGGGAGGAGUAGCGCAGUGGUUGGUGUGCAUGCUACAAUUUUGAGAUUUUAAUCGGGCUGUAGAUAGAAGCUGAAAACUAGCAUCACAUCAAAUUUCCAUUUUCAAUGCCAUCGCCUCUAGUACGACCACCACCUAGCAUAAUUUCUUGACAAGCUACUACACUCAUCGAUUUAAUACCCAGAACAACAAGAUCUAGACCGACAAGGGAAAAGAACAUGAAGAAGCGAAGUAAACGUAAGUAUAAUAACUCACGAGACCACCCGAUGAAAUCAAAUGCUAGUUGCAAGCAGAAGAAAGAACCGCUUGCUAAGUACUAGAAAAGUCAAAAAAAAUUACCCUCAGGCUGCACGCGGCGGCUGCGAUUCUAUGCUGCCCUGGCUGCUGUACUACUGUCAUGUCUACUCUAAGCGCUUCAUUUUUGUCCACAUGAUGCACGUACGUAGUUGUCCACAGUGUCUGUGCCAGAUCGAUAAACAUCAGAAAUUCAGUGCUAUUUUUUAUGAAGCAGUUCCCGUUGUAGGAAAAAAAAGAUAAAAUGAACCCCUACGGCUACGGUGCGCCGAUGCAGCACCAGAUGCUGCCCGCGCAAUCCAAAGCUCCGCCCGGAAUGGUGCCCCUUGUCCCUGUUCAGCCACUACAACCCGGAGCAGCUGCCCCCAACCCCCUGUUCCCCCAGCUUCGCCCCCUUCCACCGGGCUUGCGACCACUACCACAAGCGGCUGUCAUGAAAGGAGCGGGGGCACCAGGAGGGCAGCCAAUGAUGAUGAAUAAUCAAGGAUGGGCCGGUGCUGGUGUGUCAGGAGCUUAUGGAGGUGCAGUCCCAGCAAUGCCAAUACAGCCAGUUGCAGUCGGCACUUCCCCGGGCGGUUUUGUUAAGCACCACCAAUUCGCACAGAACAACAACCCCUACGCAAAUUUCAACCAGCAACAGCAACAGCAACCUUACCUCUCACAGGUAGCAGCUACAGGACACCUUCAAUACAACCACCAACAGCAGCAAUUCCUGCCCCCGCAAACCCGCGAACCGGUGACGGAAGAGGAUCACGAGCAGGAGGUUAUGGGACUCUCAAACGUUACAUUCUCAACUGUUAAGCACAUGAAUUUGUCAUGCAAAAGCAGCUAAAGCCGGCAGGUGAUCAAGCUGCUUCGCAUGACAAAUUUCAGAAGGGCUAAACAGCAUCUAAAUCUGCGGCAAAGUUGUGAUGCAAAGGGCGCAAUCUUCCUCCUUUCACUUUGUCCAUUCUUGCAUUACAAAUCCAUGUAACAGUUGUUGAGAAUGUAACAUUUGAGAACUCCAUAGAGAUGAGACACGUUUUAUGCAGUUUGAUCCGUGAGUGCCGGGAAAGUAUACGCAAGGAGGGCACGACAACAACGGAUGAGCAUGACGACAUGGGGGACGGCGAAGUGACGGAUAUUGAGAACUUCAUGGAGGAUCCAGGUACGUAGGUUUUCAUUUUUUCUUUCUUUUGUCAUGCGGAACACGAACAUGUUGCUUUUUUACACGUCGCAGAGUCGUCAAACUUCUGUAAUGCGUGAAACCAAUGAUCCAUCAUGAAAAUAAAACUGAUUUACAAAAAUUAUCCAGGUCCCCUCCUCGACCCCUCUGCCCAGAGUGGCCGCAACGCGACAAGGCAGACGCAGAACAAGUUUGCCACGGUGCAGGGCCUUUUGCAGAGCGUGGUUGACUAUGCAUGGCAAAUAUGUCUGGGUUUGGAACACGGAUUCAACUUGUGAUGCGACCUUUGGAUUCUACAAAAAUCUGUAUUGCGUGAGCAGCAAGAGGAGUUCAGAUUUUGCCACGCAGAGGGGGUAUUUCUCAUGCGGUAUAGGCAUCAGGAAGCACUCACAAAAUCUGUAAUGCUGGGGCAUGCAUCACAGGCAUCAUGCAUCAUGCAAAAUGUGCAUGAGAAAUCUCACAACCUUCCAGGCCCAGACAUCAUAUUUGCAAUGCAUAUUGACCAUAACCAAGCUUUGAUCGCGGAACAGAAAGGCAGGUACAACGCGUUGAAUGCGAAGUACGGUAAAAACGGUGGAAAGGACGAGAACAGGGUUGCGGGUAAAGGCGGCGGAGCCUCCUCCUCCUCCAACACGAAAGGUGGUGGAAACAACAAGGGUCGAAGGGAAGAGGAAGUCAAAUUCGGAGAUCCAACCAAGAACGUGUUUGAGGAGUACGACCGAAAGGUGGAAAGGGAUCGACAGAGGGUAUUUAGGAUAAUUUUAGAAGAAGAUGAUUGUGUUUUCGUGUUUUAGGUAUUUGCAAAGUACUAGACAGCAUCUGGUGCAACUGCGGGUACUGCAUCGUGAUCAACAAAACGGAGCAUAGUCUACAAUUGCUAAUGAGGUCUUGGUAGAAGCUCAUCACAAAGACGAAACACCACUCCAGGUGGGCGACCGGCCGCGUAGCACCUCCAGACCGCGACAAAGAAGAAAACCCGACCGCGAUAAUUCUGGAAGAGAACACGGCCGCGACAGAAACCGCGAAGAAAAUAGAAAUAUGCAUUGCAAAAGUACCGUACUCGUACAAAUGCAUUACAAAUUUCCUCAGGAUGAGAAAUAAAAUUUGUAAUGCGGAUUUGAAUUAACAAAAACACUUGUAAUGCAUGAUUGUAAUACGAAUACGAUAGUUUUGCACAGGAUAACAAAUACCAAUCGGGAGCGGGAUGACAGAAGGGAUCGAGACCGGGAUCGUGGUGGUCGUGGCGACCGCGACCGAGACCGCUAUGACAGGGACAAUAACUACAACCGCGGUGGAGGUGGCCGCGAUCGAAAUCGAGACGACAAUUACAACAACCGAAGAGGUGGGCGCGACCGCGACUACAAAGACCGUGGUGAACUCCAGGAAAGACGGCGAGGAGACGAUCGUGGUGAUGUUCGCGAGCAGGAGAAAAAGUUUUCGGACAAGGAGAAAGUAGAGAACAACAAAACCGCUACACCAGCAGCAGCUCAUCCUCCAGUAGAGUCCGCUGAGAACAAGAUACGCGAGUCGCCGAGAGAAGAACUACAGGGUAAAAAUCAAGAGGAAAUAAAGCGUGACUCCAGUAAAAACGCAAACGGGGAGCAUGAUCACAAGCAAAACAACAUAUCAGCUGCACCACCAGCUGCAUCUAGUUCAGGCAAUAAAGUAGAACCUGAUGGAAAUAGUAAAAUAACAACCAACAAAGAUGAAGAGCCUCCGAAGAAGCACAUUAGUGGGGUGCAGGAAUACCUUGCCUACAAAAAGAAGCUCGCGGAGUCGCAGUCCAGCAAAUCCAGCGGGGUCCAGGAGUAUCUCGAGUACAAGAAAAAAUCCAAAGAAAACGCGGAUCAGAACCAAACCUCCCGAAUCGGGCCGAAUAUGCACUGCAAAAGCGUCGCACUAGUAGUAGUUUGUCAUGCAGAUUUAGGUAUAAUAAAGUAAUCUGUAAUGCAAAUCUGCAAUUUUUAGCACGACCACUGCGAUGUUUUUGCAUUUGAUACCGAACAAGAACCGCCCGAAGGGCGCCGCGCAUUUCAUUGCCAAUGAGAAGGAAGCAGAGAUGAAGGCGGCUGCAGCGGCAAAAAAUGCGGAGGAUGAGGAGGACUUGCUCGAUAUUGACAUGAAGGAUUUAAGGGAGGAAGCGAAGAAAAGAGAAGACGGAGGAGGUCGCACAUCGAACAGGGAUAAUUUGAACCAGAAGAGCAGGGAUGUUCAGGGUGAUUUUUACAAGCCACAUAGCGCCCGCGAUAGGGAACGAAGUCGAGAUCGAGAUCGCGAUCGUGGCCGCAACUACAAUGUAUAGAGAUGAAAAAGGUGAUCUUCCCGCGUGUUCUUAUCCCUAAGAGAAAUCGCGCCAUACCGUCGCGAUUCGUGAGUUUUUUUCAUUCUAGGCGAGGCCUGGCGUGUCUGAGGCCAACAAAAGCGAGACCGCCCAGGGCUAUCCAAAGCCUUCGCCGCGCAUCCUCCAGAGGGUCGCGCUUUCGUGCUUAGCGCAGCCCCAGCGCAUGCGCCAGGGAACGCGCUGCCCGCUGACAGAAUAACCGCCGGCCACUGCGUCCAAGUUCGCGCGCCUGGGCGCGAGCUGAUGCCCCAGCUUGGAGGGGCUCUUUUUUUCCCCAAAGACCCCCCCCAAGCCGGGGCUACGCCGGCGGUCGCACCGGGCCGCGGCAGUGUGUGGGCCCAUUAGCCGGCAAUGCAACGGGCCGCGGCAGUGUGCGAGCCCAUUAGCCGGCCGCGGCAGUGUGCGGGCCCACUCACAACACACCGGGUGGGUGUGUUGUGAGUGCCCGCGGGGCGCGUCGAUCUGCGCAGUGGGGGGGGCCUCUUUAGUCUAUGUCUAGGCUCGCCGGGGUGCUAGCGUGCCUGUUGGUUCCUCUAGAAAGACGCCUGGGCCGCGUGAAAAAACCCACCAGGGAAGGCAACAGCACUCCUACGCAGGCGCGACCAUAAAAGCUGCAGCGCCUGCGUUGGCGCAAAAAACAGGGCAAAUCCCGACGGUAUGCAGCGAAUUCCUUUAGGGAUAAGAACACUGCUGAAGAUCACCUUUUUCGUCUCUAUACAGAAGUCGAGAUCGAGAUCGCGAUCGUGGCCGCAACUACAAUGACAACAACAGAAGGGACCAUAAUUACGACCGAAAUAAUAAUAACCGCGGCGACCGUAGUCACAGGGACCACGACGCGAAAAAAGCCUCUGAUCAUGACAACCGCGAUGGAACAAAGAGAAGAACUCCCCGUGACAGGGAAGGAGAAAAAGAAGGCGACAAACAUAUCCUGUGUAAAAACGUACCCACCCCAGAGUUGUCAUGCAGAUUUGCAAUGACAGGAACACUCGUAAUGCGCUUCCCCAUGAAAGGCAUUUCCAAUCGUGUUUCGGCAUUUGUAAUGCUGCAAACAGGAUAAGCAGGUGGAUUUCUGAUGCCGUUGUCCUUGCUAUCAUGCACUACACUGCGGACUGCAACUUGUCAUGCGUGGCUUCCAAAACUUCUGGAUUUGUGUUGCUGAGUUCCCAACUUGACUCUGGGGUGGGGACGUUUUUACACAGGAUAAAACACGACGUCGGAAGGAAAGACAGCGUAGAAAUCGAGCGACCAGGAGGCGGGUUGCAGCAGAUAUCCUGUGCAAAAGUUUCGUACUCGUAGUAAUCGAAAUCAUGCAUUACAAAUUUCCAUUCCAAGGUAAAACAGCAUAACAAAUUUACAUUUGUCAUGAUGACCGAAUUUGUAAUGCGAUUUCUACUAGUACGAUGCUUUUGCAAUGCAUAGCAGACCAGCAAGAACGGAGGUGUGAGCAACUACAACUCCAAGGGCGAUAGAAGUGGUGGUGAUCAGCGUGAGAGGAGAACUGACGAUCGCAGAAAUGAUUACAACACCGGGGGGAGGAACUACAGGGACAGGGACUACGGGUCUGGCAGGGGGGAAAGCCGGGGGCGACGAGGCGGGAAGGAAAAUGGCGGGGGGAAGUCUUCGAGGUGGUAA